AUGAGCGACCUCAAGCCCGCAAAUCCAAAGACCGUCGGAUCCACCAUGCCGCCCCGAGAACUAACCCUCAUCGUCGCCGCGACCAACAAGAUGGGAAUCGGGCGCGCCGGCACCCUCCCCUGGACAGGCCUCAAGAAAGAGAUGGCCUACUUCGCGCGCGUCACCAAACGCAGCAGCUCUCCCAAUCGCACAAACGCAGUAAUCAUGGGCCGCAAGACCUGGGACAGCAUCCCCCCUCGCUUCCGUCCCCUGAAGGACCGCCGGAACGUCGUCGUCACGCGCGGAGGACAUCCGGCAGCAGCCGUCGCCGCUGAAGGCGAGAGAGCCGUCGCGGGCUCACUGCAGCAGGCCAUUGAGUUGCUGGGGGGACAGGCCGAUAAUGAGGAGGAGGACGACUCCAAGGCGUUUGUAAUUGGCGGGGCGCAGAUCUACAAAGCUUCUCUGGAGAGCAAGGAUGCGAAGAGGAUACUGUUGACAAGGGUGCUGAGUGAUUUUGAGUGUGAUACCUUCUUCCCGGUGGUGCUAGGGGAGGAUGGGAAGGCGGACGGGUGGGAGAGGAGGAGUAAAGAGGAACUGGAUGCUUGGACUGGGGAGACGGUGCCGGUGGGGGUGCAGGAGGAGAAUGGGACGAGAUAUGUUUUUGAGAUGUGGGAGAGAACAUGA